AUGAUAGCCAAUGUUAGCACGAUCCUUCCCCUACUGCCUCUGUUGGCCAUGUCAAUGCCUUCGACACCGGAAAUGCCCAUCAACAAACGAUCAGUCACCUGUCUGAAAGUCGGCGCUGUUGCUACAGCCACUUGGACCAAUAGUGCCGGGCAGAGCUGUUCCUUCGUCGGGGUGGUCGGAAGCAAUUAUGGCACCAACAGUGCUGGAACAGGAGAUUAUUCCUGUAAUGGCCGAUGUGGCGGGGGAUGCACGGGCACUGCACUUGGCAAUGCGUAUACCCAAGACUGCUUCUCCCAUGAUAUCUGCUCCUAUUUUAACAAUGCCAGCGGAGGGUCAAGUGAUCCGAACUGCGGAACUGCUUAUGAUGCUGCAGUGGAUGAUUUUCUCCUUGGUGUUGCAGAUGGAUGUUCGCAGACAAAUCCAGCUCUGGCAGUCUCAAAACCAAGUUUGACUCCUGUCUGUAAAUAG